GGCCAGCAGGAGGAGCAGGGAGAGGAGAAGGAGGUGAAAGUGGAGGAGGAGGAGGAGGAGGAGGAAGAGGAAGGAGGAGUGUUAGAGGAGGAUGACUUGGAGGAGUUGAGGUCCCAGGUGCUGCUGCUGGUGUUGGAGCUGGAGGAGGCCAGGGAGGUGUCUCAACGACAUGAAGAGAGCUUCCUGGAGCUACAGGGUCUGUUGGAAGAUGAGCGUCUGGCUAGUGCUCACCAGGCAGAGAGCUUUACCAGACAGAUCCAGAGACUGCAAGCUCAGCUGCGUUCGGUCCAGGAGGAGAUGGACUCUCUGGAGGAGGAGAAGGAGAGUGAGCUGGGGGAGGUGCAGGAGGAGCUGAGGUCUGCCCAGGAGGAGGUGCUGGUGCUGCAGCAGGCGGGGGAGGAGGCGGCAGCGGAGAGGGAGAACGACAUCGCCUCCCUGCAGGAGGAGCUGUGUCGUCUGAGGGCCGAGCUGCAGCGUCUCCGCACCACGGCUCAAGAGUACGAGCUGGAGAUCACCACCCUUCGGGCUGAAAUCAGUAUGAAGAGCAUAAGGAGGGAGGGAGAGGCUGACGGUGAGAUAAGCCAGCUGACGGCGGAGUGUCAUACGAUUUCAGACGAGUGUCAGACACUCAAGGACGACAACAAACAGCUGAGCCACAAACUGCAGCAGCUACAGCAGCAGAGAACCGGCUCCAAUGAUGUCUACUUGACCUUGAGAGGGGAGGGGGACGAGGACCAGAAGGAUGAGGGUGUUGGGCAGGAUGAGGAACCAGUGAAGGCUGGAGGCUACAUGACCCUGGGUGGGCAGACCCAGACUGGGCAAGGUGGGCGCUUGGUGGAUGCCUCCAUCCAGAAGAACAUCUCGUUCGAUGGCAAGCCCAUCACCAACUGGAACGGGGGACCCUCUGAAGUCUUCUCCCUACGAGACCAGCUCAAACUGGCUGAGGAGAGGGCCUCGCAAGUACAGAGACAAUGUGAGGAGUUGAAUGGGGAGCUUGCGGAACUGCAGGGGCUGUUUGACUGCAGCCAGAAGGAGAGGGCAGAGCUGGAGAAGGAACUGCAUCACUGCAGGGCGGAGCUAGAGCGGCUGGGCGGCAGAAAGUCACAGAACUGCACUCCUCCGUCUGAGCCCCCUGUUCUCUCCAUCCCCUUCAUAGGAAUGAUUGUAAUAAUGGCCCUGAUAUGGUGCUGGUGGGAGGAGCUGGCGUUCUAGAGGGGACCAGGAGAGCGAGGGAGGCUGGAACCUGGUGGCGGUGGUUGCCGUGGCAGCGCUUGUAGUCCUGAUAGUCCCCAGCCUUUCCAGAGCGU